CUGGCAAAUAUUCCUUUCAUCCCUCUCGACACUUGAAAGCCAAUCAACGUAAUCCAGCUCCGGUUUACUUGAACCAACUUCCAAGUGAUCAAAAUAAACUAACUUUUACACGCUAUAAAAGCAACCAAAUCCCCACAAAAGAAUCAUCACUUCCUAAUCACAACACACAAUCACUUUCUAUUGAAUAUUUUUUGCAAAAUGGAAAAGGCAAACAAGAGACUUGCUCUUCUAGUGGGAUGUAAUUACCACAACACCAGAUAUGAGCUGCAUGGAUGCAUAAACGAUGUGUUAGCAAUGAGAGAAGUUCUUGUGAAUCGAUUCGGGUUCAAGCCCACCCAGAUUGAGCUACUCACUGAUGCACCAGAGUCGCCGGUGAUGCCUACAGGUGCAAACAUAAAAGGUGCACUUGAUAAAAUGGUGAGCAAGGCUGAAGAUGGUGAUGUCCUGUUCUUCCAUUAUAGUGGUCAUGGCACAAGGAUCCCUUCUCGCAAACCCGGUCGACCUUUUCGGCAGGAUGAAGCCAUUGUCCCAUGUGAUUUCAAUCUCAUCACUGACUUGGACUUCCGGCAAAUUGUAAACCGACUGCCAAAGGGUGCAAGCUUCACAAUUCUUUCAGAUUCAUGCCACAGCGGGGGUCUUAUUGACAAGGAAAAAGAACAAAUAGGGCCUUCUUCAAUCAAUCACAACAGUCAAAAUCUAUGUCUGUCUAAACCAAAGACGAUUCCUUUCCAAUCCCUACUUGAACAUCUGUCAUCACUAACUUUUAUAAACACAUCUGAUAUUGGCACUCACUUGCUGGAAAACUUUGGAGCCGAUGCAAGCAUUCGAUUUCUGUUAACGCCUCAUCAAGAAUCUGAGUUGUUUGAAUCUUUGAAGCCUGAUGAAGGGAUUCUGCUAAGUGGGUGUCAAGCAGAUGAAACUUCUGCAGACAUGAGCCCCGAUGAGGGCGGUGGAAAGGCUUAUGGGGCGUUUAGCAAUGCUGUUCAGAUAGCUUUGAAGGAGCAUUCUGGUUCAUUGAGCAAUAGAGAGAUUGUGAUGAUGGCCAGGAAGAUUUUACAACAACAGCACGUUGAGCAACAUCCUUGUUUGUACUGCAGUGAUGAGAAUGCUGAUGCCAGUUUCUUGUUGCAGGCUGAAACUGAAAUUUAGGUUUCAGUUUCAAAAUAUUUACGAAGCGAAUAAAUGAAGUUGUCCUCUUAUCUACCUAAAUAAAAAGAAUCGUUGCUAUGUUCA